AUGGGCUCGCUCGAAAUCAUUGCUUACGAUCACUGCACUGUGAAUUUGAAUAGUGUACCGUGCAGUUCUGUUGAUACCACGUCCCAGAUUCCACCAAGUGAUGAUGAUGCGCUUAACAUCCAAUUUAUGUCGUACAAGGAAACCAAACACACUCUUGCACCAGAUAGUGGCACUCAAGAAAUUUGGAUGAUCCCCAACACAACAGAGGUCAUUACAGUCCGUCCUUCCGAGUUAUGCAACCACGACUAUACUACUAUUAUGCAAUCUUCUUCCGGGCGUAUGAUUGUGGACUUUAUUGACACCCAUUUUCCUCCUCAACACAAAAUACAUGUCCCCAAAGUUGUGGAGAAAAUAAUUGAUCUUGUUCAAAGCGCCAUUCCCUUGGUUCCUAAGGAUUUCAUUGAUGUGCGACGAAUUGAAGAGAUUGAAAUUUUGCGCCAUCCUUAUAGUGAAGCCGCUAAAGCCUACAUACGUAAUCGUUUUCAAGCUACGAAACGUGGGACAUGUGCUAUUUGUAUGGAUGACUUUGAGGUUGGACGUAACACUAGUCGAUUGCCUUGCUUGCAUGUUUUUCAUGGACCUUGCAUUGUUAAGUGGCUGGAGAUCGAUCUUCAUUGUCCCCUUUGCCGAUAUUCGUUUAAACUACGUGAACUCGCACCAUGGUUUGAUGCAUAA